AUGAGUCUUUCUUUGACAGACCGACUCGUAGAACUAAGCAAAGCACGGAAUAAUGGCCUUAUUACAGAAGAAGAAUACGCGGCCAUGCGAGCUCGCCUGCUCGAUUCCUUUGCCACAGUCACUAUACCGCCUCGCACAGCUUCCAUGCCACAGGAAUCAGACAUACGACAGUCGCGCACAUCUCCGGUUCCUCCAUCUCGACCAUUACCGCCACCACCCACAACGAAUUACGCACCGAACCGAUGCAGUGAUGACUUACUUCUGAAUGGCGCCGUAGACCUAGCCACCACACUAUAUGCACGGCAAGGUAGCAAAAGUGAAUUGAACCUAAGAUCGUUGUCGAGAGACUUGCCGGUUGCUGGACGACCAGGAACAAGUUUUAGACAAUCAGCGAGCGAUAGGCAGCAGCGAGCACACACGCUGAUACUACCGCGCGACUUAUGGGCACGCUUACGAGACACCAUCAUGACUGAAAGACCUGGAAGUGUUGUAGUUACUGCAAAUAACAGUUUGAGUAUUUGUAAUGGCUAUGACGAGUCGGUACCCGAAACGCCGCCGCCACCAUACUCACCGCCGGAGCCACUCCCUCGGCGCCGCCGUGCCUCCACAAGCUUUUUCGUGAAACAGAAAACGGCUACAGAACUUCGCGAAGAACUAAGCAAACUUGUUGAUGACGCUAAACGAGAACAAGACUCGUGGAAAAUGGAAGAAGCUCGACUGAAAAUGAAAAUGGGUACAAAGCCCGAAGAGAUUGAACGUGUCCGUAGAAAACAAAGAGCAUCUGCGGAAAAGUAUACUAGAAAGAUCGAGGCAAUUAAUAUUAAACUAAGUAUUGCACUCGCUAUAGAACAAGUAUAG